CGGCAUCAUCGGUCUGAGGUCCAACAAAUGCCCCCUACUCCCCUCCCGCAGCCGCCCGCCGCCGCCGCCGCCCUCGUCCGCCACUACAUCGGCCUCCUCUCAGCCGCCGGCGUCCCGUCCUCCUCCUCCUCCCUCCGCGCCCUUCUCCCCAUCCACGCCCGCGCCGUCCUCCUCGGCGUCGCCGCCAACCCAGCCUUCGCCACCAGGCUCCUCGCAGCGGCCGCCCCGUGCUCCCUCGCGUACGCCCGCAGGGUGUUCGACGCCGCGCCGCGACGCGAUGCCUACAUGUGGAACACCCUCCUCCGCGCUCACGCCCACGCCCAAGCCCCGGCCGGCUCCACCGCCGGGGGCGCGCUCCAGCUCUACAAGCGGAUGCGCGCCGCGGGCGUCGCGCCGGACUGCUACACCUACCCGAUCGUGCUCCCGGCGUGCGCGGCGGCGCGCGCCCCGCGGCUCGGGCGGGCCGCGCACGGGGACGCGGUGAGGUUCGCGCUCGCGGAGGACGGCUUCGUGCACAGCGCGCUUAUCGCCAUGUACUGCCAGGAGGGGGACGUGGCGGACGCGGAGCAGGUGUUCUUGGCAGCAGCCGCCGUGGGCGCCCGCACGGUCGUCUCCUGGACGGCCAUGGUCGCGGGCUAUGCGCAGAACUGCUUGUUCGGCCAGGCAGUCACGGUGUUCGGCGCGAUGGUUGCCCAGGGCAUGCUCCCGAACGAGAUCACUCUGAUCAGCUUCCUGCCGUGCCUGCAGGGGCAGGAAUGUCUCGCCGCCGGGGAGAUGGUUCAUGGGUUCGUGGUCAAGCUGGGUUUCGAUGCGAAUCUGCCGCUGGUGAAUGCGCUCAUCGCAAUGUAUGGCAAGUGCGGGAGCAUCACGGCGGCCAAAGAGUUGUUUGAUGGAAUGGCUGCGCACACUGUGGUGUCCUGGAACACGAUGGUCGCCAUGUAUGAGCAGAAUGGUGAUGGGGUUCGGGCGAUCAAGUUCUUUCACAGGAUGCUUAGCGAGAAGGUGGGGUUCGACGCCGUCACUCUGGUCAGUGUGCUGUCUGCUUGCACACGCCAGGGAGCCCUUGAGACAGGGAAGUGGGUGCACGAGCUCGCCAGGAGUCGUGGACUCGACACCGAUGCGAGGAUCGGCAAUGUUCUCGUGGACAUGUACGCAAAAUGUGGUGAGAUUGCCUACGCAAGGCAGGCUUUUGACGGUUUGCGCGAGCCUGGUGUUGUGUCAUGGAGCGCCAUGAUCAGUGCAUAUGCCAACCAUGGUGAGCCUGAAGAGGCUCUCAAUCUGUUCUCCGCGAUGAAAGAUCAAGGGGUAAAGCCUAAUUCCUUCACGCUCACUGCGGUUCUAGUGGCGUGUGGCCACUCUGGCCUCGUCGACGAAGGGCUGGCGAUUUUCAACAGCAUUGUCAGAGACUACCAUAUAUCACCAACACUUGAGAACUAUGCCUGCAUGGUUGACAUGCUAGGACGUGCCGGCAGACUUGUCGAAGCGUAUGAAAUCAUUAGGGGAAUGUCGAUGCAGCCAGACAAGUGCAUUUGGGGUGCGUUCCUCGGCGGUUGCAGGCUUCAUGGCAACCUGGAGCUAGCUGAAUUUGUUGCCAAGGAUCUCUUCCAGUCGGGCUCUAACGAUGUGACAUUCUAUGUUUUGAUGGCAAACAUGUACUUCGAGGCUGGAAUGCUGGAAGACGCAGAGAGGACGAGGAGGGCCAUGAAGGAGAUGGAGCUCAAGAAGACGGCUGGGCACAGCUUGGUUUGUACCAGUAGAGGAAGAAGAGCCAUCAUGAAGUAGCAUUUAGAUACAAGUUUUUAGGUUAGGCUGUUUGUAAUCAACUAUUUUCACACGUUUCCUCCCCCUAAACUCCUCUUUAGAUGUUGAAACUAGGCAUUAGCGUAGGCUCGUGAUAAACCGAACACAAAUGUUGUGUUCUGUGAUGAUUUCCACCUUGUUAACUGUACAAUGAGGAUGGCCGUCCACUAAAAAAUCUGAAGAACCGUAGCAUCUCCAGAGUUGAUUUAUUGAGAUGUGAUUUUACAUUA